AUGGCGGCAAGAUCGCCAUUUCUUGCAUUGCAAAACGUUUUGGAGAGUCGCGUUUUCAGUAAAUCUUCAAGAACUUUCAGCACUGGAAAUCAAUUGGGAAAUGAGAAAGGUACUCCGAUAGAAAAAAGGCUGUUGGAAAUUUUGGUCUGUCCCUUAUCAAAAAAGCCACUAAGGUAAGGGAGAAAAUCCUGAGUUCAAAACUAUUUAGGGCCAUCCUAUUUAAUAUACACCCCCGCCCCCCGCCCCUUUGACGAAGGACUUUGAAAUUUCCCUAACCGUCAGAAAAUUCCCUCCAUGAGUCUAUUAGCCUUAAGAAAUUUUUGCUUUUCUGCUUCUUACCCUCAGAAAAUCUGGCCUCAAAUCUUACAACCUUUAGAAAUUUGGGUGUCUUGAAAACAAAGACCGGUAAGACCCCCCACUGAAUGACUCUGAACUUUAUUGAUUGGGGUUAGGAAACUGAGUGAAUCAGGUCCCAUUUAAGUUAUUAUACUGGACAAACUGACCUGAAAGUUGAUUAACUCAGUUUCCUAACCCUAAACAUUAACAAUAAAGUAUACCUGCCAACUCUCACGCCUUAGGCGUGAGUCUCAUGCCUGCGGGUUGAAAACUUCGAUCUCACGCCGGCUCACGCCUGUGGGCCAAUUUCUCACGCCUGAUUGAAAAAUGUGAGUUGUUGCCGUCCUGCUUGACACAAUUUCCAAAAAUAUGUUAACUCAGACCCAUGUAAGGAACGAAAACCAUGUGUAAAAUGAAUAAAUGGCAAUACCUUCCUCGCGAUCUCUGAUUUUUGAAGUGAAAAGCACUGGGAGCGAGCUCGCCUUUGGCGCCUUUAUCACUUUCCCGUCGGGCAAGUUAAAAACAGAAUUCACUAGCCCGAUAGUAAAAUCCACUAGCCCCGGGCUAUCGGACACUACUUUCUUUGCACGCUGAUAUGUGUUAAUUUUAAUUAUGAAUUUCUAAUUUGAAUGUCAGAUAUGAGAGUGCAACAAAUGAACUGAUUUCAGAUGAAAUUAGUGUGGCAUUUCCAAUAGUGAAUGGCAUUCCAAAUCUUAUUCCCCAUGAUGGACGGCUUUUAAAGAAGGAUGGCCCAACUUCAAGUAAAAGUGAAUCAGACAAAGACUAGAAUCAUGCGAUUCUUUCAGAGAGCUAGAUUAGUCCCAGACAGUCAUUGGCUGGAGACACUA